AUGGUUGCAGUGACGCCAGUCAAAGGUCAAUCCAAGCCAGGAUCAAAGAAAAGUGAAAAAAUGAAACAUUUUGAUAUUGGUGCUACAUACGAAUUCAAUAUUCACCAUAUUCAGUCACCUUCUGGUGAAAUUUGGGGACAUCUGCAAACAAGUGUACAAGAUGUUCGUGAAUUAUCCCAUGUACUCGAUUUUUUCUAUAGUAAAUGUGGUGAUAAAAUUCCCCCCUUAACUCAGGCUAAAGUUGGUCAACUGUGUUGCGCUAGAACCAAACGCUUCGAUGAUGAUGGCUGGGCACGUGGUAAAAUUAUCCAACUCGAUGAAAGUAAGGAUAAUUUGCGCCUUUUCUUUCAAGAUUACGGUCACACCCAAUGGAUACCACUACCCAAGGUCAAAAUGUUAAAAAAUACUUUCAACAAUUUACCAUCCUUUACUGUUCAAAUUAAACCAAGUGAUAUUACUAAAAGUGAUUAUGCACAUGACGAAGAAUUAAGUGCGCAAUUUUGCCAACAAUUAGAAAAAUUAAUUUUACAUCAAAAAAUUAAAUGUAUCGUUGAAAAGAUUGAAGAAACUGAUUUACACAAGAUAUUAGUUGCUCGUAUCUACUUAGCAGAUGGAAGAAAUGAAUCUAUAGGCUCAAUAUUGUCUCAGCAGUUACGUCGUAUGAGGUCCACUUUCCAGCAUAUUUUACCCGAUUGUAAAGAAGGACAAGAUAUUGAUAUCUCUAUCUUACACGUUCACAAUCCGGGACAAUUCUAUUGUAGAAUAGCCAGCCAACAGUCACAAGAUAAUAUCAAAAUGGAUGAAUUGGAACGCUGUCUACGACUCUAUUAUGGUCUUUCUAUUUCAACCGAUCAAGACUACCCGCUCCAAGUUGGAGCUGCUUGCGCUGCACCUUUUACUGAUCGAAAAUGGCAUCGAGGCAUAAUCAAGCAAAUUGUAUGCGAUGAUGGUGAUAAAGAAGCAUUAGUACAGAGUGUAGAUACAGGUGCUUGCGAAUUGAUUGACAAUGGCAAAAUUAAAGGAUUAGAACCCGAACUUCAAGAUAUACCGGUCAAUAUCUUUCAAUGCCAGCUACACGGUAUUAAGCCCAACGAUAGCAAAUCUACCUGGUCUGUCGAUUCCACGCUUUUUUUACAACAGUUAGCUCAAGAACAGAGAAUUUGUGGUCUCGUACGUAGGAUAUUACAUGACAACUCUUCUAUAGGAAAGCAACUCUACAGUGUUGAAUUGCAUCGGCCUGGCGAAAACUUAACUGUAAACGAACAAAUGAUCAUGGAUGGUUUUGCCGCUUCUAGCUUAUCUCGACAAAGUACCCGUAGCAUUACAUCUCCAGAUGAAUCUAAGAAUUGUAACGAUAUCGAUAAUAGUCAACUAGACGAAAGCAAUAAUUGCAAGAGUGUUUGUCAAUCGAAUGCUAGUAAAGUUUCUUUUGGUGAUGAAAUGUUUGAUGUUGAUCAUAACGAAGAAAGAAAUGCGAAGACUUUGGUAAAUAGCCCCAAGUCUAACAGUAAAGUAAAUAUUGUAGGCAGUUUUAAGCACAAUGAGCAAGAUCGAAAUGACUGCAAAAAACCUAUUACCUACACUAAUGGUGAAAAUUUACAAGCUAAAAAAUACCAAAACAAAAAAUGGGAAGCAGUUGCCAAGGAAGAAGAUUUGAUCAAGCUUGUCUACGAUCGAUCUCGUUUAGUAACUUCUGUUGAUAAUCCUGACGUUAUCGUAGCAUUUAUCAAGGAUCCUAGUGAAUUUUGGUGUCAGUUUGCUUCUAAUAUUUCCAUAAUCAAUGAUAUCCAAGCACGUAUGAACGAGUAUUCCCAACAAAAAAGACUUCGAAUACCGAAGGAUAUCAAAUCAGGUGAAUGCUACUGCACGCGCUUUGACAAAGAUGAUGUUUGGUAUCGAGGAAAAGUUAUUGGCAAAUUUGGAGACAAAGCUAGUGUUUACUUUAUUGACUACGGCAACACAGAUUGGGUGCAAUUGAAAGAUAUCAUGGUAUUGGAAAAUGAUUUUCGUCAGCAUCCGUGGCAAGCGUUUACUUGCAAAUUAGAUGGAGUCUGUCCAAUUCUUGGUAGCAGUUGGGGUUCGAAAGCGACAGAUCAAUUCACGGAAAUGGUAACAAGUAAAACAUUCUGUAUGACCAUUAAGACUGAGAUUGAUGACAAAUUAUCAAUUAUACUUGUUGAUAACGAGUCGAAACAAAUUAAUAAUCGUCUAGUUGAAAUUGGUGUGGCUAAUAAAGAAACUUACAAUCUGCUGAAGAAACAGUUAUCUUCCACUUACAGUAAAAAUUGGAGGAGAACUGACAAUGACUACAAGACAUCAAUGCCAACUAUGAAAUUUCAACCGUCUAUUUCAGCAAGUCAUGAAAAAUUGACUACUACUGAUGUGACUGAGCACACUAAGCAUAAACAACCUUCGGAAUUUAACCAUGUCCAGAAGGUAGAGGAAAGAUUAAGUUUGAUCGUGGGAAAGAAGACUAGCGUUUGUGUUAUGCAUGUUGAAUCUCCUAACUGUUUCUAUGCAGUUAUACCAAAAAUUGACAGCUUUAUUGAUAUGGAAAAGAAAUUGCAAGAUUUUUGCGCUAACGCAAGAAGUCCUGUUUCACCAGACGAAUUUUGCCUUGGUAAAAUGUACGUUGCCUUUAGUACCAAGUUUAAUAAAUGGUGCAGAUGCAUUCUAACUGACAAAAAUGAAAGAGGCGUGAUAACUUGCGACGUUUUCUAUAUUGAUUAUGGUACGGCCGAAAAAUCUAUCCAAGGCACGAGUUUGAAAAUUUUACCUCCUAAAUUUCACGAAACUAAAGAUCAGGCAUUAAAAUGCUAUUUGACGCCAGCAUCGGCUGGAGAGGAUCUUCGAAGUAAUUGGCACCCAAUGGCAUCUUUACAGUUAGAAAAUUUGUGCCAUGACAAAUGGCUCGAUGGUACUAUUACUCGCGUAGAUCAGGAUGGUAAACUUUUUGGGCUUUCUAUUACCAUUGCUAAUAAAGAUAGUCCAACAAAAGAUCGAAAUGUCUAUGACAUGCUAAGCAAAUUUAUUAGAUCUGAUUCUUCUAAGAGUCUCAAUAUAAGCGCAACUUCAAAGUCUGGGUUAAAUAGUGAAACUAACAAUAGCUAUACAAGUUCAAAGCUCGGGCAAACAUCUGCAAUGAGUAGUAAGAAAGGAUCUUCAAGAUGUGAAAGUGAAGUUGACACGUUAAUUUUUGGUGAAGGCUCCGCAUCUAACUCUCGCGAAUUGUCAAUACCUUUACAGCCCGAAAUUAUAAGGAUUUCUGGAAGGAAAGGUGAACGUGUUCUUAUUCCAUCAAAGGUCGAUUCUACUAGCACUCCAAUAACGUCAAACGGGCAUAGGAGCCAUAUAGGCAUGAACAAUAUUAAAAACGGUCUGUCGACGCAAGAUCGAUUUAGCCGCUUAGCUUCAGCUGUAUAA